AUGGCAAGCUCUAGUGGCACCUACAACCCCGCGCGUCCCAAGCGCGCUGGCGAGCAAUUCACUCGAACCCACGACCUGGAUAGCAAUGAACCUUCUGCAAAAAAACCUCGCUUCGACCCAAGAAACCCCUCCACCCUCGCCCCAGAUGCCGAAGACGAAGAAGACCCCGUGUUAGAAGCAGAUGUAAUUGGAAAAGGCGCGGGAAUCAAGCGCAAUGCAGUCAACAUCGACGGCUACGACUCUGAUAGCUCCACAGAAAACUUCAACGCACGCGCGGAGGCUCGAAAUCAGAAAGACAAGCCUGCGAAAGAUGAUGAAGACGACGAAGAUAUGUUUGCAACCGAAGACAAGGACGAUGAUGAGACCGAGGAAUCACAAAGGGAUCAGACGAAGAAGAAGAAAAAGCUGCGGUUCUUGGACAUGGACGAGAUCGAAGGCCAGGAAGACAACAGCAAGUCUGGAGGCCAUGUUGCGGUCGACUUCACCAAGGACCCGAAGAGCAGGACGGAGGAAGUGGAAAGCAGCAGUGAGGAUAGUGGCGAUGAGGACCGCGACCGAGUAGAUUCAGACAUGGACGAGGAGCUAGGAGCAGGCAGCAAGAAAAAGCAUGCUCCCAAGCUAGAUGCUUUCAACAUGAGUGCCGAGCAAGAAGAAGGCCGAUUUGACGAGGCCGGCAACUUUGUACGCAAAGCAUACGAUCCAGAAGCCGCCCAAGAUUCGUGGUUAGAGGGCAUCUCUAAGAAGGAUAUGAAGAAGGCGAAGGAAGCACAAGACAUGCGGGACGCUGAGCAGAAGGCCCGAGAGCGGGCAGAAGAUUCGAUCAUUACGAGUGAUGUCAUGUCGACACUCAUUAGUCACUUGGACGUUGGUGAGACGCCUAUGGAGGCCCUUGUACGAUAUGGCAAGGCAGCACCUAAAAAGCAAACCAAGACGUGGUCCAAGAAGAAGAAAAGUCAGCAUAUGGAAGUGGAUGAAGACCCAUUGCGCGAAGCUGCAGCGACUAGGGCGAAAGAAGCUAUUGACUCGAUUACCGAAUGCGCAAGUCGGCUCUCGGAUCGAGGGGUAGAUGAUAUCUACGAACUUCCUCGGGAAGUGGUAAUGCGGCAGUACAAGCGCGAAACGGGAGAAGAUUGGAAGAAUCCGAAUGCUGGACCUGUACAAUGGGAGUUCCAUUGGCUUACUGCCCCAGAAGGAGACACCAAUGGGCCGUAUGAUAAAGCGACAAUGCAAGCGUGGGAGGAAGCGGGACAGUUCGCAGCAGGCGCUGAAUUCCGUCGGGUUGGGGACACGGAGUGGUCACGACUGCUGGACUUUGACGAUUGA